AUUCGAAUGUUACGGGUUGUUAUCGCACCGAUUGUUUAGACGACAUAUACUAUACUACAAUAUGAGGCCCUCAGCCAUAUAAAAAACGGUGAUUUUUUUGAAAAUGCGUCAGUUGGCGUGAUUGAAACAUUCGACUCGAACGCAUCAGCAUCAUUAUGAAGCCAAUCGUUUUUAUAUUGGCGUUCCUGGCUCUCCAUGGAUACGUUCAGCCAUUCGGCUAUCCUUCUCAACUAGCGAAUGUUAUUCAUAAGAUAGUGAAAGAUGGAAUGAACAAAUUUGCCCUUAAUCUAUACAAGGUAAGGUAUUGGUUGUCACAAAACUCAUUUUCUUGAUCUAUUAUUAAGCAUCAUAAUAUGCGCAGACGACCCUCAAGGAAAAAUCAGAAAAUUUUGUCGCCUCUCCGUACGGCGCCUACUUUGCCCUCGCCUUGGCAGCAUAUGGCGCCGAGGGUGCAACGAGACGGGAAUUAUGGGAUAUUAUGCAUCUUCCGUAUGAAACUACUGAUGAAUUCACGAAAGCAUGCUUGAAAAAGAUAAUGAACAUGUUUAAGGACGAUACAGACCUCACGGUGCUAAACCAAAACAAAUUGUUCAUGAACGAAGGUUUCAUUGCAAGCCGUCAGUAUGAAGAAAUCCUUAGGGACACAUUCGAAGCUUCAAUCGACACAGUAAAUUUCCCAAGUACAAUAAAAACCGCAGAGACUAUCAAUAACUGGGCUAAGGAGAUCAGCCAGAACCGUAUCUCCGAAAUGGUUACCUCAGAAACAUUGAGCCCUAACAUGGUUCUUAUGCUGGCCAAUGUCCUAUAUUUCUCCGGAGAAUGGUUGCAACCAUUUGAGCGCGCGCGCCAGCAAAACUUCUAUGUGAGUGAGAAUGCUGUUAAAUUAGUACCGAUGAUGACCCGCUAUGGAUAUCUGUUACACGGAGACCUGCCUGCCCUCAAAGCUCGCUUCAUACAGCUACCGUACAAGAAUGGAAAUGGAGUAGAGGAAGCGACCUACAUGUACAUCAUUAUGCCAGUCGACGGCAAUGAUUUCGCCUACCUGGAAGAGAAUAUUUCUUCGCUUCAAUUAGAUGAUCUCCAACAGGGAAGCGUUAAUAACAGCAUAGUAUACCUACCGACAUUCAAAAUGGACAACACUUUGCAAUUGGCUGAUCAUAUUUCGAAGAUGGGUGCUCCAACUGCUUUUUCAGAGGCCGCAGAUUUCAGUACAAUCAGCGCACGAUCGGCGGGAUUAACCAUUUCAAACAUAGUACAGAGAAGCUCACUCGCAGUUGAUGAAAUAAACGCUGUGGUGCCAUCUCCGACGAGUAAAAUUAGGAGGAUAGUGUUCCCACCGCUGGUGACGUGGCACACCUUUUCGGCCAAUCGGCCUUUCCUAAUGGUCAUUGCAACCAAAGAUCUUAUCUUAUUCACUGGCAAAGUAGUGGAUCCAACACAAUGAGGAAUCUUGGAUGGAACUCUACAAAAUUGCACACAUCAAGAGGCCAUACGAGAGCUGGAGUGAUGAUGAGUGAGCUGGUGUUGAGGGUAGGAUUGAAGGAUGAAGGGUUCUCCAAACCGUAUUUCAACCUCGAAACCCAAGCACCUUUCCUUUUCAAGGGAUCCACACGUGGAGUAUUUUUUCCUUUUGAAAGCGUUCUCAUAGGCUAAUUGUUGGUGUCGGUACAUGCCCCUGUUGGUUAGGUGUACUAAUGUGUUCAUGGACAGUUGGCAUGUAUCGGCUAUGUUGAAUAUUUUAACACAUAUAUUUCAAGUUUUUUCACCUAAAUGAAUUUUUAUACGAAUGUUAAAAAGUCUCUAGUUAAUUGUAUUUUUUUUAUGAGACAUAUAUAUGUCUCGAAUAUUUUCACUUCUUUUUAUUCCUUAGCCGCUCACUUAUUCUAAUUUUGACGGCAGAUGUUGGUACUCCUUGGGGUUUCUUCGAGUUAGGUAUAGUAAAAAAAAAACAUUUAAAUAAAAUAGAAAAGUAAAUUAGAAGAAGACAAUAGGGAAAAAGGAACGCAAAGAAAUUACUUCAGACAUUUUAUAAGGUCCAUUAUUUUAUUUUCAAAAUCAUCACAAACUUCUAGUCUUCGUUGAACACAUGGUUUUCUUAAUUUAAAUAAAC